CAAGCACGACCUCCCCUGCCCCAUUCCUCCACCCUCAGAUCAAGAUGUUGAACCGACUUCUCCGGCCGCAGCCUGCGCUGCGUGCGGCUUCUUCCCUCACGCAGAAGUCCGUCUCCGCGCUCCCACGCAUCCAGAGCCGUGCCAUUCACCGCGUGCCUCAACUCGCCUUCCAGGAGCAGUACGAAAAGGAGGGCGUUCCGGGAUUUUUGUCACCUGAAGCCUACGAUUUCUCCUGGACACAAUACCAGUCCCUACUUGUUGAUAAGCUGAAUCUAUUGACGCAGGACACCAUCGAUGCCGAUGCGAAGCCCGGAGAACUGCUGGUCAAGUACUCCCGGCGCCCGGAGAUGGCGUCAGUCUUCAACUAUGCCUCAAUGGCCCACAACAAUCACUUCUUCUUCAACUGCGUGUCGCCCCGCAAUACCCCGAUCCCCGCCAAGCUUGAGGAAGACAUCCGGGAAUCGUGCUCCUCCGUUGAGUCGCUGAAGCUCGAUUUCCUGGCCACGGCCAACGCGAUGUUCGGCCCCGGUUUCGUCUGGCUGGCCAAGAACCUGGAGCGCGAGGGCAUGUUGCACAUUUUCUGCACCUACAACGCCGGCUCGCCCUACCCGGCCGCUCAUUCGCGCCGCCAGGCGGUCGACAUGAACACCCACACGCCCGACACUGCGCUGGGCAACCAGUUCGCCGGCGCCAUGGGCUCGUUCUCGCCCACCCAGAAGGAGAUGGCUCCCGGAGCGGUCGAUGUACAGCCGAUUCUGUGUGUCAACACUUGGGAGCACGUUUGGAUGAUGGACUACGGUAUUGCUGGCAAGGAAGAGUAUCUGGAGCGGUGGUGGUCCAGAAUCAACUGGGAGGUGGUGGUUGACAACUAUAACAAGAUCAGCGUGAACCGGGGGGCGCGCGCGUCGAACGCCAGCUUCCAGAAAACUCUGCACAUGUUCUAGUUCUUCUCGCCCGUCCGGUUUGCUGGUUUGAUAAAUUGUAUUAUACACAUAGGUUUCUCUUUUUUUUUUUGAUUCGAUGUUGGCAUUGAUGGUCUAAUUAAGUACAAGCAUUUCCUUGGGAAUCUAGACAUGAAAAAGAAAAGAAAGUGU